GUCGCUUUACGACCGGCAUGCCCUAAUUAACACGUGAAUCCGAUUCCCACCCUAAUCACCGCCUGCCUUCUCUCUCUCUCUCUCUCCCUCCCUCUUAAUUAUCGUACUUAGUACUACCGUUUCUAUCUCAUCCUUAAUUAAUUUAGUUGAUUGACCAGACAUAGGACACUCCAAUCCAGCUGGCCUCGUAAAUGGGCAGGGUUAAGUAUCGUACUUGUUCAUGCCUAAUCCAUCCAUAAUUACUAAUUAGAUAACUAUGAUGUAUACAGAGACGCAAAUGCAUUAUAACUAUUUUCCUUCUUCCAGUAUAUUGCAUGUAUCGUAAUUGUUCUUCAAGACACAUGAUAGGUGAUGGGAUUGAGCCAUAACUAUGACUUACAAAAUUACAAAUUCGUGUUAUCCUCAGUUUGGAGGCAUAUCUAUAGUUUGGACAUUUGAUAAGCAAAAUGAAAUAUAUCGAAGAGGAAUUGACGAACAACUGAAGAAUAAACUCAUAAUCUAAUAAGAGAAAUUUAUCAAAUCUUAUUUGAAUCGAAAUAAACAAAAAGUAAUACAUAAUUAACAUAAAUAAAAAAAACUAGCUCAAUCGCGAUUUAGUUUUUUACUUAGUUUAUAAUAGUUAAAUAAACUUGAGACUCUCUCCACUUGACUAAUUAUCUGGUUAGCAAUGAUCUGCCUAAUAGUAAUUGAUUACAAAUUUGGGAGGAGAUGAUAAUUGCUUUCCUUGUAGUGGAUUGAACUAAAACACAAUAAUGUGAGCAUACCCUCUUUGACUUAUUUCAUGAUAGUGAUCUAUCAUCAUUUAAUAAUUAUAUUUAGUACAACUUUUGUUUCUUUAAAUUUAUGCUUUUAGUUUUAAAGAAAAUUCGAUUGAGUUUUUGCCUAUUUCAACAAAAGAAAAAAACUAAAGGAGUGCUGGAUGAACUUUUCUAAGAAAACACUUUACUUGGAUGCGAAAUUUUUAAAAAGAAAGUAAGGGAAUUAUUCCUUUUUUGGGUUUUCUUUUAUAAGCUUUAUGAUUAUUCGCCAUUUUUCUUUUAUAUGUAAGAAAGUUUGUUUGUAUGAGUUGGUUCAACUAUUUGUCGGGCUAUGACUUGUUAUUAGCGUUGGAUGGCAUUAUAAUCGCCAGCCACUACUAGACAUCACCACCUCACGUGGCAUUUCGUCUUUUACUUAUUCCUUCCCCCUUUGGGUUUGCUUUCCACAUUAUGGCAUCGAUGAGGGCUCCAUUUUCUAUUACUGAACUCUCAAAAUUCAAUUUCUUAUGCUACCCUGAAUUUACGGUUUUGGUAAAUUUUGUCGAAGUUAAAUACUGGCUAUCGUUUUUUAUUAUUAGAUAUUAUGUAUUUUUGUUGUCCGGCCAUGCCCAAGGGGCUUAUCUUGGAUAAAAAAAGUAAAACAGUAAAACUCAAUUUGGAUGGUCAUUUAUUUGGAAUUAGGUCUAACAGUAAAACUCAAUUUGGAUGCUCAUUUAUUAGGAAUUAGGUCUAGGUUUCGGUAGAAAACUCAAAUGUGCAAAACGUAUGACCUAUUAUUCUUAUAAAGAUAAGAUAGACCAAAGGUAAAACUGUCGUGACAGUAAAGGUUUGAGAGUUGCAGUCUUGUAGAUCCCAGGUUCGAAUCCAAGCGAGACUCGUUGGUGUUUCCGGAGGUAGAAGGUUGCUAGGGGCGAAUCCAUGUUGGAGUCGAAUUUGAUUGUAGGUGGCCCCCAAAUUUAGUAGGACCCGUUGUCACAAAGUGGCACGUAACGCUGAGGUUCCUCGUGAAUAAAAAAAAUAUCACCUAUUAUUCUUUAUACGAAUCUUACAAGAAGUGGUAAGACACAUAAUUUUGUAGAUUCUGCAUAUCUGAAUUUUACCGUAGAUACUUUCCCUCGGUUUAGUCAUAUGAUAUAUGAGGGGACAUAAUCGAGUCGAUAUUUCAUUCUGAUACUUUUUUUUAUAAAAUCCAAAAUCUCUCUACCAAAAUCUAAUAUAUAUAUAUAUAUAUAUAUAUAUAUAUAUAUUUUUAUUUCAAAAUAUAUUAUCUUUAGUAAAUCUAUUUAUGAAGACAAUACGAAGGAAAUAUAUUGGAAAUAUGGUAAUAUUUUUUGUUCUAUUACCUCUCUAUAUAAUUUUUCUUUGCUAUUUCUAAAAAAGUUAUAAGAUUCCUUGUCCAUUUGGGCUUUCUAUACUCGUUUCCAUAAAUUCAAAAUUAGUUGCUGGCUGGGUUUCUUUCAAAUCAAAUGUGUUCAUUUGGUUUUGGUCUUGGCUUCGGCCUCCUGUCAACCAAAAAAAAAAAUUUGGUUUUGAUAUGUCAUUAUGGUGACUGGUUUGUAUGUAAGCGUUUGAAUAGACUUGGAGCUAUAGGAAAUUAAUUAUAUAUACAUAAGAGUGACAGAUACCUUCCAGAUCAAUCAACAUUGUAAUUACGGGCUUACGGCCAUUGCUUUUCUCAUACUCAAAUUCAAAACUGUUUUUUUUUUUUAACAAAUACAUCAAAAUUAUGAAGAGGGUAAUACAAUAGUAUUGGCCUGUUCGAUCAAUAUAUGAAGUCCAUAAUAAUUAUAAGUUUAUAUGAUAUAAUUAUAUAUGGUCUGUUACAAAAUGUAAAUCAAUAAUGGUUAAUUUUUUAUUUAUAAUUAUAAAUUUUCAAUUAAUCGUAAUAAGUCGAGCUAUAAACACGUGGCAUUGAACUACAUUGCUGAAUAAAAACAAAGCCAAAUUAAAUCCCAUAAAGUUGACCAAAUUAGUUUGGUUUUCCUUGAGGGGUUAGGUUUUUUUUCUAUAAACAUUUAACUUUGUCUAUAAAACCUUUUGAUUUCUCCCAAAUCCAACCACUUUGCCGUAAGCAUACGAGAUUACCUAAACCAGAUGUACAUUGAUAUGCAUUGUAAAAAAAAAAAAAACAAUAAUAAGUACAAUAUUCCCCACUUUCCAUGAGAUGUCAAUGUUAUGCCAUCUCAAUUGUCGUCGGUAUAUGAAAACACAAACACAACACUACAUGAUUAUCAUCAUCACGAGGGUCGCAAUCAAUUGCUUCGUCAAAUGAUCACAUCUAUAUUUCAAUAAUAAUAAUAACAACAACUAAUUCUCGAAAGAGAUUGAUUAAGAGAAUUGCCAAAUAAUUAUCUUUUUGGCUAUAUAUUAUAUGGGUUUAUAAUCAAAAUACGAUCGAAGAUUACGUGAGCAAUAAGGAUUCUAGUAGUUGUCGAUUCCAUUUGUUGGAUAAUUUUAAUUAUGGUUGUUAAUUGUUGUAUUAAUUAACCAUUUAGCUAGUUGAUUAACCAGAUGUUUAAGAUGUGGACCCCUUUUCUAUAUAAAAAUGUCAGUCCAUUAUGUCAUAUUGAGAUUAUAUCGUGGAGGGCGUUUGAGUGUAGAGAUCAUGAAUUUAGUGGGUUUUAUAUGAAUUGUGGUUUUGACUUUUAGUUGUGACGAAAGAUGAAGGGAGUUGGCCAUUUAUUUCUUGAUUGAUUAUGGGUUUUGUUCACAUAAUGUAAUACAAAAUUAUUUGUGCAGGUUAGGCAAAGGAAUGAGGAGUUAGCUAGCGGCAAGUUUCCACACAACUACAAGGGAAAAGAAAACAUAUCCUCCUUUGAGUCGGGAUGAGCGGUCGUAAGAUUGGUUCGAUGGCGAUUGAACAAUUAUUAAUUUUUAAUUAGUAUUUUUGUCUUAAUGUGAUAUACGAAGAUGUUGAAUGAUUCAUCUUUAAAGAAUUAAGGAAUAGUGAAUGCGAUCAAAAUGGAGAUGACGAAGACAAAGGUUCGCAAUCUGGAUUGCAAGCCCUAAUUAUUGAGUUUGAGAUGACAAGCUAAUAAGUUGUUCAGAGUAAGUGAUAAAAUCUCGUUUCAACGCUCAUAUUGGUAGUGAGUUCGAGAAAUACAAGGACAUUCUGGUGAAUGUACAUGCUCUUAUCAAGAUUGAAAAACACUUCACGAAAUCUAAUCAAAUUCAAUGGACGAUAAUAAUAAAAGGACGACGCCCUGCUUAAAAUGAAUUUGAUAUAAUAUUGAUAGGGGAAAAAACUCUUCUCUGUCAUAAUUCAUGUUACAAAGAAAACCAUAAAUUAAGGAGGCAAUGGGUACAAUAGUGAAGUUGGUGGUUGACACCGAUUCAAGCAUGAUGAUGAUGAGAGCUUUGCAAGCUAGCUAGGGCUGAUCCAAAUUAAUAAUAAUAAGUGCGUUAAAUUAGGACCAAUAAUGGGUCCCUCAAUACAAUAAAAUAGCAAUUGCCGUACCAUCAUCGAAGUAUUCGACCGUGACCAUGAAACAUGAUUUGAUUUGAUCCAUUCUUUCCCCUUAUUAUUAAUUAAUUUGUAUCAAAUGGAUCCACGAUGUACCCCAAAUUCAAUGUGUUUGAUUGCAUCGACAUCCCAUCGUUAAACCCUCCAACUGAAUCAUAUAAUAAAAUAAAUAUGUAAUUAUUAAGUAAGUUAAAACAAGCACAAGGGGUCAAGAAAUGGUAUCUCUCGUGGUGGAGAUAAUUGGGAUUGUCAAAAGGGCAACUUAGCUUACUAAGCUACUUGAUUAGUUUAAACCUAUUAUUUCAAUGGGGAGAUUAAUUAAUUAGUUGAUUAAUCUUGUUGUAUUGGGAUGACGACACAAAGCUUGCCUAGCUAGCUUGUCCCUGUUAAACGUACCUAAACCCACCACAUUGAUUAAUUGUACUCCCUUCUAAAUACAUAUAACAAUCAAGAGAUCUUGAAAACAGUAAUUACUAACUAACCCGGUUCAAAUUCGAAAGAUCUCGUGUUCAAGUUUUUUAGCUACCAUUACUGCUUUAGUAACCCUCUUGACGAGUUUCUUUCAUAUUUGAACAAAAAUUGUAUAAUAUAUACUAAAAUGAAUGAAUUUUUUUUACGAACGGACAAUGCCGAUCUCGUUAUAAAUUGGUCUUCUAGUUACGAGACCUACUCUAACGGGUCCACUCCUCCAUACUCUCCCCCCAUUCAAAACAUCGAAAAGGAGGAUGUUAUGGGACAAUCCAAGUACCACAUCGGUUAUACAAGGGAAGGAACCCUUGUAUAUUAGUGUCCACCAAUCUCAUUAGUACGAGGCUUUUUGGGGAGGACACCCAAGAGUAAAACCGUGCGGGCUUGGCCCAAAGCGGACAAUAUCGUACUAAUGGGGCGACCCGAUUUUGACAAGUGGUAUCAGAGCCUGGUUCGGCAGAUCCGGGGCGGUGGACGUAAGUUCAGUGGACCCUCGUUCGGUGACCUCGGGGUUUGAGAUCUGCAUCUGGUUUGGUGGAUCCAGGAGAGAUCCACAUUUGGGCUUGGCGGAUCAAAGAGAGUUCCGCAUUUGGGAAGCAGAUCAAAGAGAGUUCUGCGCCUGGAAAAUCCUUGUACCGAGAAGCCCAUCGAUACAAGGUGUCUGGCGGAUCAAGAUAAUCGCUGAGGUGAGGACACGAAGUUCGUGGUCCUUGGCUUGAGGGGUGGAUUGUUAUGGGACAAUCCAAGUACCACAUCGGAAAUACAUGGGAAGGAACCCUUGUAUAUUAGUGUCCACCAAUCUCAUUAGUAUGAGGCCUUUUGGGGAGGACACCCAAGAGUAAAACCGUGCGGGCUUGGCCCAAAGCAGACAAUAUCGUACUAAUGGGCUACCCAGUUAUGACAAGUGGUAUCAGAGCCUGGUUCGGCAGAUCUGGGGCGGUGGACGUCAGUUCGGUGGACCCUCGUUCGGUGACCUCGGGGUUUGAGAUCUGCAUCUGGUUUGGUGGAUCCAGGAGAGAUCCACGUUUGGGCUUGGCGGAUCAAAGAGAGUUCCGCAUUUGGGAAGCAGAUCAAAGAGAGUUCUGCGUCUGGAAAAUCCUUGUACCGAGAAGCCCAUCGAUACAAGGUGUCUGGCGGAUCAAGAUAAUCGCUGAGGUGAGGACACGAAGUUCGUGGUCCUUGGCUUGAGGGGAGGAUUGUUAUGGGACAAUCCAAGUACCACAUCGGAAAUACAUGGGAAGGAACCCUUGUAUAUUAGUGUCCACCAAUCUCAUUAGUACGAGGCCUUUUGUGGAGGACACCCAAGAGUAAAACCGUGCGGGCUUGGCCCAAAGCGGACAAUAUCGUACUAAUGGGGCGACCCGAUUUUGAUAGAGGAAAAGAAAUAGUUGAAAAUAAUCAUCAAGAUCUGAAGAUAGUGCAUAUGUCUCAAUAAAAAUUUGGGAAGUACAACGUAUAUAGGGCAGGGCAGGCAGGCAGGCAGGAGGGGGCCAUGAGCCAUGUUGAACGGGUUGUGGUCCUCUUUCCUAUACAGAAUCACACAUCCACUUCAAUUAUCAAUUCUCUCUCUCUCUCUCUCUCUCUCUCUCUCUCUCUCUCUCUCUCUCUCGUCGUGGUCACUGACGGCUAUGAACAUUACAUUUACAGCUAUGCUUUCGUACACUAUAUAAACUACGAGCCAAAGGGACAAAAGAAGAGGUUGCUAACUUGCUAUAGCUAGGGUUGAUUAAGUGCAUACGUACGUUAGGUUAAUAAGUUGUUUAUUUGUUGUUCACAACCUCCCUUUACGUAUACAUUGAACUGAACUUUGGUUUACUUUAUUAUCGUUAUGUACUUAUGUCAUAUGGUUGAGAGCUCCCAAACCUGAAAGUCUCCCAUUGUCAAGAGUUACUAUCAAUGUUUGCCUAACUAGCAAGCUAAGUGUCUUGCUACGUGGUUUCUGUUAGUUGUGAUUACGACCCAAGGUCGUAUUAGGUCCAAUCAAAUACAUGAUCAGGUCGAUUUCAAUGUUGGAAUGUAGUUUAACAAAUUCGUAAAUUUGAAAUUGUGUUGGUUUAGCUAGGAGAAUCGUUCUAUAAUUUUCUCUUUAUUAACCAUCCGAUUUGAAUCGGUUAGGUUUAGUUACGUUGUGUCGAAAUAUUUGUAUAAUUUGCAUCACGUUCUAAAAACUAUAAAUAUGGUCUUCCUUUGCUUGUGAACAUAACUAACACACGUUGUAUAAAUGAGCAACAUAAAAAUUUGUUUUGGUUAUUCCUUUAUUUGACUGAUUGUCUCAUCUAUUUUAACAACGAAACGUGAUUGAAAACGUUAUAUCGUAGAUGAACAUGAAGAUUCUAAUUUCAUUAUUCAUCUAUAGCAUCGAUUCAAACCCACUUAGGACCGGUUGGAACCCGGCAUCGCACAACCCUACGAGCUACCAAAAUAUAAUUGAAGAAAGGAAAGAAAAUAAACUAUACGAUAUCGAGUGGAUCAUCACGUACACCCCACGCAGCAGCUGGCGGCAAGGCCCACGCAUGCAAAUGCAACACAGCCCACAAAAACGCCGACGCCGACGACCGACGGCGACACUUGACCCGAUGCUAUAUAUUUCGGUUUCCUCUCCUUUUUCCUUUUAUAUUAUAAUAAUAAUAAUUACAAUAACGUUUUGUUUGGGUCUUAAGAACUUCUUCAACUCUCUCUUUUUGCAAGCCAAGCAUCUCUCGAGGUCCAUGCCCGGCCUCCCAUGCCCUCUUUUGUUUUUGUUUGCUUUCUCCCUUCCCUGUCACCUUUCCUUUACCAUUUUUGUAUUUAUAUAUAACAUAGAUGAGACUUGUGGGUAUAUACGUGUACAUUUUCUCCUUUUCCUUUCCUAGAGAGAGAGAGAGGGAGAGAGUGACUUGUUGAUGUUACAAGGUGGUAUAGAUGAAAACAAAGAAAUGUGAAUGUGUCCA